AUGUUUUUCUGCAGCGGACCUCCGCGUACCUACGCAGUGUUUGGUGCGCAUGAACGGAUGGAAGAUGUAGCUUUGGCAAUGCAUCCAUUAGAAACUGUGUUUGCACGUGUAUCGUCAAGUUAUGUAACGUUGUGGAGUGCUUCACUGGAUUUACCAGGUACAGGGCGCCGCCUUCUUGCGUGUUGUCGCCGUAGUGGCCAAUGGAUUGAACAAAUAAAGAAUAAAAAGGCCUUGGACGGUCCAUUAAAGGAAAGCGUGAUGCUACAUCAGCUUUGGACUGUGUGGGUCUCGGGGAAUCGUCUUGCUGUAGUAGAAAAAGAUUCCCAAUCCGUCGAGUUUUACGCAUUUGAUGGACUAAACAAGUUGCUUUUACGUGCUGGGACAUCCACUUACGACGUAAUGGACAAAAAUUUGACUUUUUUUGAUGACGCAAUUGUCUCGUCUGACGCUGAUGUGAACCUACUGUCAUCUACUGAGCCAAAAGAAAAGGAAACCGAUGGAAGUGAAGGGACAAAGGCAACUUCAACGAGACUUCAACUUGCAGCUAAGUUUGUUGAAGAUUAUCCACUUAAUCAGGGUACUUUUGAGAGUGAUUACGAAGAUGUGGCAUGUUCCAUGACUGCUGUACCCGGUAGCAAUUUUUUGUUCGUAGGCAUGGCAAGUGGCAUGAUUUGUGUCGUAGAAGUUGGCGACGCAAUUAAUAGACAGAAUAGUCAAGGUUCCUGGUUUAGCAAUGGAGAUAGUUCUACCAAGAUCUGGAAAAUUGACGUUCGAACGCAUUUGGCCGAGUCUGGAGAUACUAAGGUACCAAGUUGCUACGAACUUACUUGUGCUUCGACCGACUUGUCGUCAACGAUUACGUCAUUGUACCUUGUUGCCAGUUUUGAAGGCGGUAACUGUUUUAUACUGUUGCUGUCUCCUUUUCAAAAAAGUAUUGACCAAUUGUUAUCGUUAAUUAAUACGGAAAGGGAUAUCAACAUGUCAAUUGGUGGUAAAAGUAGUAACGGUCGUUGCACUACAAUAUCUUUGGAUGCAAGUGGGUCACGACUGGCUCUUGGCUGGAUGGACGGUAGCGUGUCACUGUUUCAAUUAUCGUCAAAUUGUGACAAUGUCAAGACAAUGAAUACUGAAACAUCUGGUGAAGCAAAAGUACAUAUGACACUGGCUCUAAAACCGAUACAGGAAUUGAGUCUCGUCUCAUGGGGAUACGCAUCGAAAGAUAUUGGAUAUGUAACAGCUUUAGCAUGGUUUCAUGACGGUCGAAGUAUUGCUGUGGGAUACGAACAACGAGGUUUCUCUCUUUACUCGACUGAUGGUUGUCGUUUAAUGUCUAGUUUACCCCAGCAUAAGCAGGAACGAUCAGAAAAGAUUGAUAAUCACCACUUAAAGGAAAUGUGCGCUUUUGGUGUGCUUGCGUUGCUAUGGACGAAAGAAAGCAACUCGCUAAUUGUGGUGCCCCGAGGAGAACAGUCGACGCAGCUAGUGCAGCUACCAGACGAUCAGAUUUUGAGGACACUUGAGGAGGAGCCUGAUGUAAAUCUGAUUGAAGUCGCACAUUUGUAUGAACAGGUGCAAGCAAAGGUGCAAAAAGAAGAAGAUGGAUUGUGUUUAUCUCUAUCAGGUGCACCUGGGCGUUGUGGUGCUUGGGUUCGGAGCGACAGAAGCUUUACGAAGCGAGCACAUGAUGGCGGAAUGGGCCCAGCAGAGGCAUGCGGUCGGAUUCAGGGCGGUGAUUUGCUCGUGGGUAUCGACGGCAACGUCGAGGUUGUCAACUUGCCUUUUGAGCAGAUUAUCAGUCAGAUCAAGGGACUGCCAGACAACAAGGAAGUGGUGCUUACAUUUAUGCGCUUGAAGUGGGACGAAGUCUUUUCGAUUGCGGUCGAAGCGCUGUCCUCAAGUGAGUUCAUGGAUGCGCAUGGUAUUCACUUACUUGACGAUGAAGACCUGUGCAUUCGCGAGUAUGCGCUACGCAUGCAAGCGCUGCAUGGAGACUGUGAUUCAGGGGAUCGCCCACCUCUUAUGGAGUUUGAGUGCCGUGCAAAGUUUGAUGGAUGGGAAGCAAUUCAGGGCACUACAUCAAGGAUUGCAAAGCACAAGUAUGUGAAGCUAUUGUAUGCUCUUUUUCCUGUUUGGAAUCCGGACCAUUUUUUAAAUGUGCUAACGGAAUACUGGAACGCAGUUCGUGCGCAAAAGCGUUACGCUGCUAACGAAGGGAGACUGAAGCUGUUACAGGCUCAUCGAGAACUUGUUAAGAUGCGUCAGCCAGCAACGAUUUCAUUUGCUCAAUUUGAUUUUGCAAAAAAUGUACCACUUUCCGGUGGAUACUCGUCUCAACUUGCGUUGGUAGAGAGCAAGAGCGUUCGUUUGGUGGCUGCACCGUCGCUUGAUGAUCCCUGUGCUUUGACGUCCUGUGCUAAAUGGAGUGUACCUGUUGAGUUUGUGAAAUGCUGUCCACUGCGCCUCGUGACUCUUACAACAAAUGGUAAUCAUUUGGCGGUGGCCGGGCAACGGGGCUUUUGCUUGCUUAAUAUCGUCACUGGAAAGUGGAGAAUGUUUGGCAACGUGAACGACGAGCAGGAUAUGUUUAUUUUUUCGUUUCUGUGGGUGCGGGACGAUGCGAUUGUGGUAAAUUUUACGCGAUUUAGCGAGAAUCACGAGUUGAUGCAUCUGCAGGCGUACCCUAGGAAUCACUUGGACGAAGAAUCGAUUCUAGAGCAACUAGUAUUUACACGUCAAAUUAAAAAAGUAUCGCGAAGUCGAGAAUCAGCCGUGUUGGGAGGACGAUCGCUUGAAAAUGAUGCCGAUGACUGUUUUUUUAUUAUGGAAUGUGAUAAUGCUCAAGAAAAUCUCUUCUGCAUAUCUAGAAACGAGCUGUGGUGCUUCAAAUUGAAACAAAAUGGCACUAUAAAACAAAAUAGUCUUCGGAUCGAAAUUCAACUCAAACGACGGGUAAAUUUGCCUUCUCGGAUGAUAAGGUCGCAGUCUGUUGGAACUAGCAGAAGAAAUUUUGUCUUGGAUUUCGCUGUACUACCGCGUUUUCUCCACAUUCCGGACCAAAAAUUACGAAAACAGCAGCUGCGAAAGUUUCAGAAGGAGCGCGAAUACGAAAAUGAUGACGAGGACUGGCUUUCGAGCUUUUUGAAUAUGAUGGUCGGCGGAGAAGUACCUGAUCAGUACACACCAGAAGAAGUACUUCCUCGGUUCGCAUUCUUAGACAGUGUAGGCGAUGUGAUUAUAUGGGAUCCAGAAAAUCGCUCGCAGCGGUUGUUGUGCUCGAAUGUGAGUACGAUGGUAAGAUUAUUCGUAUCUCCUGAGGUGUGUGCUUCGUGGCCAGCACCUUGUCGCCUUAUUUACUGGAUGUAUGGUCCAAAAGGCAUGGAAAUGUGGCUUCCACAACUGGAUGGUGUUUACAUGACCCACACUAAAGCAUUUGAAGAGGAUAGUUGUCGACUGGAGACAUUUUUGGCUUGCCACGACCCAUUGCGAGCAAAAACGUACGUGAUUGAAUUUGGUACCGCUCCGGCCACGGCUGAGCUUUACGAGCAAGUCAUCGGCGAGUAUGGAAUCGUCUUGGAUGGCUUCCUGUCCAGUGGUACUGGUGUUGGUAUAGGGACUGGCAGAAUGCCUUUGAAGGAUGGAUAUCCAAAUUUGCGUGGGUGUGUAACGUCAGUGGACGAUCCGUUUGCGAGAGAUGGCAUGCUUCGCUUCGAUUAUGACGUGAAAGUGCUUGGUUCUGAACAAACAUUUGGACUUUUAGUUGGUGUCUCUCAGGAUGUAUAUGUGCCUUCAGGCGUGCUGAUUCCGUGCUACGACGUAUUUGCACGCGUGCAGCCAAUAUUUCACACACUGCUUUGCUUCCUCGUGCAGAAUGACCAGAUUUCGUGGGCGCGUCUUGUUCUGAACGGCAUCCGGAACCACUUUGGGCUUUCCACCCCGACGCAAGAGCUGUUUCUCCACUCUAUGCUUGAAGCUUGCUUUGCGAAUCGAUGUUCAGAAGAGAAACUGCACAGAGCCAUCCAUCUUCUGCUUCCAAGCAACGAAGAACAACACCAAGAGGGUGACAUCGCGGAGUACUGCGAGAUUGUCGCCCAUGUGGCACGUAAGAGCGAACCAUCUCGACUGAAAAUCUUGUUUCCUGCGGCAGGCGACCCGAUAAGUUUGCUUAACAGUUGUCGACAACGGUCGGAGUUGCGAACGGCUGCCAACUUUCUGCUCAUCUUGGACGAGUGCUCGACUGCGUCGACUUCUUCAUUGCCGCUGCGGAUGCAAAGCGCAGCCGAAUUGCUCAAGGAGUGCAUCGAUCAGGAAGAGUGGGUGCUUGCACAGCACGUGGUGCGGGUUGCGCGUGAUUGGGAGCAACCGUCACUCGACGAGACCUCUUGCCCAUCGUCGUCUCACAAUGUCAAUAUCACUCGCAUCGACGAGCGGCUCGCAUCUUUGGUGUGGGACUAUCUUGUUCAUGGUGAGUACGAGCGCGUGGUUUCGUGCGUUGAAGACCUCCAGGCAAAGCUUCCCCACAAGUCUCCAGAUGAGCGCCAAUUAGACGAAGAUAGCGCUGCUAUUAUGGACCGACUCAAUCAGAUCUUCGUCCAAAACAACAAGCAGAGACAGCUUAGGACCUUACUGCACGCAGUGACAGAGGCUCACUAUGAUGACGGGCUACAAUCCACUGCACUUUGUUUGAGUGAGAGCAAAGUUGGUUGUUGUGAUUAG